AUGACUAUGAGCGUUCCAGUGUUUGCUUGUUUGUCACGGGAGCAGCCAAGGACUUGUCAGAUUGUGUGCGGACCCAGUACAUCACAUAGAUCCCACUGUCGAGUCAGUAGUUUGGAGUUUGAUCCAGUUGAAACCGGUCGAGGACGGUCGUGCGUGCGAACGCCGUUCGCGUGGUGCGGGGUUCUCUCGUGGCUUGUGGCUGUGCUCAUUGGGACCAGAGCUGCGGUUUCGAGACGUCUUGAUGUAUGGAAGUCGUCCAGAGAUCGACUGGGACUCGCGUACGCUGCCUCACGGAGUCCGCGAGCCAGCAGCACCUCUGCCACUGCGACGGUGGCGAACGUGGGUAUUGCCGGCGCCGGGGCUCCGACGAGCGCGUUGGCGGCGACCUCAGCGUUGAAGAGCUCACCGGCGGGGCCAGCGGCGGCCGUACUCACGGCAGCCGUGUGGAUGCGUUCACGUCUCACGAUUCUACUGGUGUUGGUGCCGUGUACACUCGGGGGUUGGUUGCUGGUCGAGGGUCUGCGCGAGUUCGAGAAGCGAAAGCCGGUUUGGCGAACUGCGAGUCCGGAUGUGGCCACCAGAGAUCAAGGGAAUCAAUAG